CUUCCGAUGAGUACUCAAACUGAGUCAAAGCUUGAACAAACAGAAUACUGGUACUGUAGAUCUACCAUUCAUUCAAAUCAGCGAAAGUGCUUCAGUUUUCAUGUUCGUCUUUCCACUUCCAGGCGUGUUGCAACGAAGCUCAGCAUUUUCCGCCUCCCUCUACACGACUAUCAACGUAAAAUAAACUGUUGAGAAGCUGUUCUGUCAACGGGAAAUAUUGAAUCGAUCUGCUACUACCAGUACUGGCGUGCUUUAUCGACUAGUAGUAGUAUAAUAACACUAGCCCAAGCUGCGUUAGAAAGAUAGGAGUUCCCAAUGAAUGGUUGGGGUAGUACUAGUACGACAGUACUUACGCCAACAAGAAGAUCCUGUGCCCCUUGCAAACUGACUUGCCCUUGCAUCAGAUCGUCGCAGCACUGACUACCAGCAGGAAAUAGCGGUAUCAGUUGUGUUCCUGUAAUGUAAGGCUAAGCGGGAAGGACAAGAGCGAGGCACAGUACGAGUCAGUGAUGGAGGUUGAGCCCUGUUUGGCCACCAGCAGGCAGGACAGCGAUAGCCUCAGCCGCGGCGACUCACCCUUUUCCAUGCUGUCGGUGGAGGGCGCUAGCGGCGACUUCAGGGAUAGUGGCGUACUGGUGAGCCACGACGGCCAGUCCCUCGGCAACCUACUACGACGUCGCAGCAAGGACAGCCACGAAGACGCAGAGCAGGCGUUCCUGGAACGAGGAUCCCCGCUGCCUCCAGAUGCGGACAUGGCUACAACCCUGGAUUGGCUGCGGAAGGAAAUGGCUACCAUGCGCAGUCAAGACCAGCAGCUGCUUCGAGAGUUCAUGCGCAUACGUGCCGGCAUACAGCAUCUGAAGCAGCAGCAGGACGCACUGUCCCCAGCGUGGUCACGAUCCUCUACGCCGGACAGCACCAUGCUACCGGAGAUGGAGCGUGACUUGUCACCGGCGCCGAAGCCCAAACGAACAGUGGCGUUCCGCGUACGUAGCACAACCCUGCCUGGAAGCGUUCUCCAGAACUUGACCAAGGCGGACAAGCUACGCAGCCCAAUGCUAAGCCCAAUUCAACGACUGCACUCUGGCUCAUUCUCAGCAGCAGAUAGUUCUAGCAGCUACAAGAAACCCACAGCGGCGCGCAAUCCAAGCACGUCCAGUUCGGCGUCAGUAAACGACUGGGAGUUUAUCUCAUCCAGCACCAGGAGGGAUGCGGAUAGCUUCAUGAGCGAGUUGAACCGCAGCUUAGGUAGCAUUAGUAAGCAGAAGGGAAGAAUGGAUGGCACUGUCACACUGCCUCCUCAGCAGUCGCCAACCAAGCAGAGCACGCCGAAACACAAUGUAACUUUCUACUCAGCACCUCCUGCUAAAGGCCAGGAUAUUGAUCAACAACAGCAGCAGCAGCAGCAGGCAGCACCGCGUGAAGACCCGGACAAGAUCCCAGCAGUUACUGUGAUUGUUGAUGCCAACGAAGAGAGCAGUGAAUGUUAACGCUAGCUACAGCGACAGCAGUAGCAUCACCACUCAGUCUCGGUAUGCAUGUAUUACUGUGACUGCUGUUACACUGAACCGUGACUAGACUAAUGUGUAGGGCAUACUAGUAAACGUGCCCGGUGAUGGUUAUAAUACCUUGCCCAAUAAUCAUCACUGAUGCAUCCAGCAAUAUUCCUUGAUCACACAGCUCUAUUAAAUCAAGACACACAUUUUAACAAGAGGGACUCCGGCAGACCGUUUAUUUCAAUUCGCUUCCAGCAGCAGGUUUAACAGUCGUAUUUCCAUUUGAUCUUGUCUUUGACUUGACUCGUGACAAAGGCAUUGUAAUAUUAGACAAGUGAACAAUGAAUAUGCAUGGCUGUGGUGCUUGCACCAGGGAGUAAUUUAUGACUCGCUGGCUAGCGCCUUAGCGUGUAAACUGCCAAUUUUUUCAAUCCUCUUCCUACUAUGCUCUAUUCUUUGAAUCACUUUUUCAACCAAAAAAGAUGUUGGUAGCUGUA